AUGGAUAUGACGAUUGUCCGAGAUUCAGAUGUAGUUGGCAUGACUACGACAGGAGCAGCCAAACACAAUCAUAUCAUUAAAUCAGUUCUACCUAAAAUAGUAGUUAUUGAAGAAGCUGCUGACAUUUUUGAGCCUCACAUUUUCACUUUUUUGCCCCCAACAGUCCAACAGCUGGUUUUAAUUGGUAACCAUCAACAGCUACGGCCAAAGCCAACUUACUACGAGCUUGAAAAGAAGCACGACUUUAAUGUAUCCUUAUUCGAACGCUUAGCAAAGAACGAUUGUCCUGUACAAACACUAAGUAUUCAGCAUCGAAUGAGACCUGAGAUUGCCAGCUUGAUUACUCCAGCCAUAAUUAUAAUCAUUAUAAAGAACUGGACAACCAUGAAUCUAGCCGGAGCAGACGAUAGAAGUCACUCAAAUUCUCACGAGGCAAAGUACCUAGGAGCUCUCUGUGACUAUUUGCUGAAACAAGGCUACAAACAAAAUGAAAUCACCAUCUUGACUCUCUACCGAGCACAACUGCUUGAGAUUAAAAAAAUUCUCAGACCCACAAAGAUCAAUGGUGUUCGAACAGCUGUUGUCGACGACUUCCAGAGAGAAGAGAACCGAAUCAUAUUGCUCUGCCCUCCAUGCUCCAAGCCAUGUGCCAACUUUUGCACCCACAGCCGUUGCCCCAAAAUGUGCUUUGAACCAUGUGCUCCCUGCAUGGAGCCUUGUGACUGGUCCUGCCCUCAUUUUACCUGCACUCAGCCAUGCGGAAUGCUGUGUAAUCGACCUCCUUGCAAUCAGCCAUGUCCAAAGUGCCUGGAGGAAUGCAAACACAGGUGCAUUGGACUUUGUGGAGAAUUGUGCCCAAAACUGUGCCGUAUCUGUGAUAAAGAAGAAGUCACUGAGAUAAUUUUUGGACCCGAGGAUGAAGAAGAUGCCAGAUUCAUUCUUUUGCCAGAUUGCAAUCACAUCGUUGUUGUAGAAAUGCUUGAUCAAUGGAUGUCAACUGACAACAGUGAUCCUACAGGAGAGUCCCAAGAAAUCACUCUGAAAGUAUGCCCAAGGUGCAAGACUCCAGUGAGAAAAUACCUCCGAUAUGGCAAUGACGUUAGGAGCAAACUGGCUGAUGUGGAAUUAAGCUAUAAAGAAGAAGCAGAUGAGUACUAUUGACUCCAUUGACCUUUAAAUUGAACUAGCGAGAGUAAACAGGACUCGGAAAGGCUAGCUCUUUGAAUCGAUUGUUUGUUGCUGAAGAAUUCAGUGUACUUGAACGAGUUAUAUCGAACGAUUCCACUGUAGGCAAGAAAAGUGUUAAUACUGUUCUCUUCCCUCACAUUACUAAAGCUAAACUUUCGUUUCUGCUCCAAUUUUCACAACAAUUGAGAUUUUCUCCAAUCUAAAGCUAAAUCUGCUUUCUGUAACACAAUCCUGUUAUCAACCAAAGAUUGAUAGAAUAAAACGAGACCUGAACCACCUUAAAGAGUUCAUUAUGCAAGAGUUUAUAUCACAGCAACAACUCUCUGAUGCUGAAGCUGAAAUGCGAAGACUCACCCUUCUAGCAAAGCUUAUUGAGCUCCAAGUUAAAAUGAUUCCUAUUCAAA